CUGUUCAAACUACAGGCUUGGAGAAAGGAAGGCCUUCGCUUGGGUACUACAAGUAAUGAAGCCGCAAAAAUGUACGAUGCAACUCUUACUCAGGUCUGUGUCAAAAAUAAUCUAAUUAAAAUAGUAUAUUGUAAUAAAUAUUAAGGUGGAAUCCAUCAGGAAAUUGAGUAAUUUUAAUUUUCAGUGGACAAAAACCUUGUACCAGAAUAAUUUAAAGAAUAUUGCAAUCUUUUUUACAUUUUUCAAGGGCUAUAGAUGUAAUUAGUUAUCUGUAAUAACAUGAAAGACUAUUUCACAUGGGAGCCCGAGAAAUUAAUUAUGUCAAAUUUUACAAAAUGACAUCUUGCACAUGAAAUUUUCAGAAUUUUACCUGUGUUUUCAUAAUUCUUGUGAAAUUUGACAUUUAUUUUCCUGGGCUCCCAUGAGAAAUAGUCUUUGGCGUUAUUACAGAUAACUAAUUGAAGCGAAUGUGAUAUUGUUUAAAUUAUUCUGGUACAAGGUUUUUGUCUAACAUUGAAACUUGAAAUUACUCAGUUUCCUGAUGGAUUCUGUCUCAAGUUAAUUUGAUUAUUUCCUAGAUUUAAUUUAAGUUACUAUAGUCUUACCAAUUCCCAGUAGGAUUAGAUCACAAGAGUAUUCAAUCCAGGUACUACAUGCACAGUCACAGACCUACAUGGUGCACCACAGUCCCCCCACCCCUACUGCCCAAGACAAUUAGACCACUCUACUGGGGUCUACAUUUCCUAUGAGGGGAGGGGUGUGAGGAAGCUAGGUUCUGUGUAUAUAUUUUCCUGGAUUUGAUAAGAAAGGGCCAGUCUACAAUAUGCUGUGAACUGCUUUUCUGGUCCAAAACAACUCCAGUCAAUCAUUUUUUUUAUGAGUGUAUUCUUUGAUAUUUUGCUCCAAUAACGUGUUGACGUGCAAUGCAAAUGUUGUUUACAAUUUACUGCAACACCAGUCAACAACAGAUUCUUAAGUUUUUUACAAACAGACUUAUAACAUUCCUGAUUUGAGGGCUGUUUCCCGAGAGGUUAGAUAAGUUUAAAUGGUUUGAAGUUUUCAAUGGUUGAAUCGUUGAUCCUUGAAUUUUAUUGUUCCGUUUGCAAAAAAACUUGAGAAUCUUUGUUUGCAUCAUAAGACUUUCUGAUUGAAUAUUAAUCUUCUUCCAAGUGCCCUGGUUCGGGCAGUCGGACUGUAAAUAUCUUGCAUUGUGUUCUACCAAUUAGGUAGAACAUGGCAAAUGUUAUUCAGACAUGAAUGACUGCACGUGACCAACUGUUACUUGGGCUCUGACACAUAAUUAUCACUCCUUUUUGUGGUCGCAUUCGCCGCUUUAGAAAUGAAAAAGAAACCGAGACAAGUCAUUAAUUUUGCAAAGACUUCUGGUACUGUGACUGGAAACAGGGAAAACAAAUUGCCCAAUAGCUGACUGGUGCAUCCCCGUUAAAAAAACCCAGAAGUCUUUGCAAAAACUAACUCAGCCCAGUCCCCUAAAAAGUUGCAAAUUGAAUAUUAAUCGGGGAGGAGGGGGUGGUGUUACUUGGGUUAAUUUUUGCUGGGUGUGUGCCUCUGGCCUCUCGGUACCCCUACCCCAUCAUAGUCUAUCCUGUGGCCAAAUAUAGACCCCAUCUUAGUCACUUUAGGGAAAUGUAAUUUUGCGAUCCCCAUCCUAAAAUGAAUUGACACACUUGUUAACUGUGAUGACAUGAACUCUUCCCAUUUUUAUAAAUCCAUAUGCCAACCUGAAUUUCGUGAUCCCCCAAAUCCCAAAAGGUGUGAUCCCAUUCUAGUAACUCUAAUGAAAAACAGCCCAUUAUGGUCAAUCCAGCUGUUAAAAUGCUACCCCAUCCAGCGGCACAUCCCCAUUAGCCUAUUACUAGGAAGUAUCCCCCUAUGGAUAUUAAUAGACUCCCUUGUUUGCACAUAUUAGGUGAUUGCUCAUGCUGAUGAUCAAACUGUUGGAGGUUUGGAAGGAUCAGUUUCAAAGAUGCUUCAGGCUGAUCCUGAUUUCCGUAAGUGUCUCUUUUUUAUGUUUUAAUAUUGUUUUUGUUUUUUAAGUCCUAUAAUUUAGUUCCAGAAAAUGUCCAUACCUCCUCCAUAUUUUUUUAGAAGACAUUAUUUUUUUCUAUGAUCCUCCCACCCCUUUACUUCUGGACUGGUAUUGUCUUGGCAAGAAUUUGUCUCUGGCUAUGUCAUGUACCCUGAUGAGAAAAAUAAGUGUAUAUAUAGUUGAGGCUCUCAUAAGCGAGCACCAUGGAAAUUUGAAAAAGUAGUCGUAACAAGAGCUGGUCACUAAGGACUGAGCUCUCAUAAGCGACUGCAUGGGAAAACAUUAAGGGUGGUUGCUUACGAGAGCUUCAAAAACUCAUUUAUAAUUUAUAAAAGAAAAACAAAAGAAAUUUUUUAUGUUUAAUGAGUGUCUUUAUAUCUGAUACAGACAAGGCGCAACUUUACAUCAAAUUUUUUACACUUAAUAACCCCAAAAUCAUUGUCAAUGAACCAUUUUAAAGUGCAGUCUGCAGUUUCAUUAAAGUGUUGAUUUAAACAAUGUAUAUAAAUAAGCCUCUGAGUGGUCACUUAUAAGAGCUUUAAUAAAAACAGAGGAAAAGUACACUUGGGUAAUCGCAAAAGUGGUCGCGGUCGCUUCUGGGAGUGGUCGCUUACGACAGCCUUUUCAGUACAAAGUUUAACUCAAAGUUCAAACGGGGUUUCACAAAGGUGGUUGUAACACUAGAGUUGGCCACUUACAAGAGUGGUCGCAAGGUCAGAGCUUCAUCUUUAUGAGGUAAAAGUUAUUAUAACAAUGAUAUUGACAAGAUGAUGAACUCAAGAGACUAAUGAAAUAAAUGUACAGUUGAGGCGACCAAAUGGGAAAACAAUAGAGGGUGGCUGCUUACGAGAGCUUCAAAAAAAUCUUGUUAAUAAUACAAGUCAUUGAGAAUGAUUUUCUUGUUAAUAAUAAUAAUUAAAGUGUGGUAUAAUUUUUUUUUUCAGUCAUGGGUCAUGUUUUAGCCACUUCCCUUCAGCUCAAAGAUUCUAUGGAUACUAUUUUCUCUUUAUCGGCCAAAAAGGAGUUGACGGAGAGGGAGAAACUGUAUGUAGAUGCUAUAAAACACAUGUCAGCAAGGUAUUGUUUUUUCUUACAACUAUUAUAUAAAACUAUUUAUCCCUUUAAGCCCCAAUAUCCACAUACAAAUUCUCCAAACUGAUCUCCCUACAUUUCCUUUAAGAAUUAGUUACAAGAAUUUGAUAAAAGAUCAAAGUAUUUUCUCUUCGGUGAUCAUUUUAUUAAUUCUCAUAACCUCAUCUCAUGACAAUGUAUGGAUAUAGUUAGGAGAAAAUUGCUGUUGGUCACCAUUGGGACUUAAAGGGUUAAAUCAUACACUGUACUAAUUCUUACAGGGUGCAAAGAAAGUUAGUUUUACAGCUUGCCUGAAUGGUUACAGCUUGCCUGAAUGGCAAGCUGUCCAGCAUUUAGUAGCCCAAAAUUCGUUUCAACUAGCUAGCCUGAAAAUAAUUGUAAUUUGAAGUCCCCAAAAACAUGACUUGCUAUUGGGCAAGUUGAGAACAGAAUUCACUAGCCCAAUAGCAGAAUCUACUUUCUAGGCCCCAAGCUAUUGGACACUAGUUUCUUUGCAUGCUGUCUUAGUUGUGUUAGAUUCAUAGUGUUUUUUUAGGGGUCAAAUAAAGCCUGAACCACGCCCAGAGUUCAUCUCCAGUCGGGGUAUCAUUCCGGUUAUUCAGUUUGCUCUGUUUUAAACAAGUGCGGAACUGGUAUGACUUAUCACUGCAUAAGGCUCUAAUAAGGGAUUGUUUGGAGGGACAGCAAAAACAUUGCUGACAGCAGCAUGCCACCUGAUAGAUGCCCUCAAGGUUAUUCUGACUGAAAAAGACAUACCUGACAGUGCAUCAGGGUUUUUUGGAAUUCUUUGAUAUUUUAUUGAAGAUAAGUUGCAUUUCUGAAACUACUGGUAUUAUUGCAGUAUUAUUGUGUUUGUACUAUUUGUAGUGUGCUACAGCAGGAUUAGCUCAGUCAGUAGAGGGCUUGACUGCAGCAGAGCUGGAGGUCGCGGGUUUGAUUCCCAGAGCAGGGCCAUAUGCAUUACUAACUGAGAAAUGAAAGUACUCCCUUUGCACUGCAAGCGGCUUGACCUUCGCGCCAGGCUCAGAUGACCAUGUUAAAUGGUGGUCCCAUCUCAAGUUGUAGACAUGAAAACAGUGUACCCAAUAAUUAGUACUUUCAUGCUAAAUACAUUGAUGCUCAAAUAAAGCGCAUUUUUUUAGCUGUGUUGACCCUUGUGCUGUUUCUCCAAACAAUCCCAAGAGACCAUGUAGUGGCAUAUGGUACGCAGUUUUCCCCUCAUUUAGCGCAUGGGGAAUUGUCAUUAAACCCACCUCUUUAAGAUUGGAGUUGUUGCCCUAUAUAGUUUUUAAUUAUUUCACAGAAGGUAAUUUCAUUAUGUCAAUAUGUUUAAAGUCCUGCUUUUACUCUGACUUGUGCUUUCAUUUUCAGAAAUGUUAUCAAGGCACAAGAUUGUUGGGAUGACAUUGUCGCAGAAUAUCCUACAGACAUCCUUGCCUUAAAGCUUCUUACGGAGUACAGCAUAUUCUUUGGUCCGAAAGAUCGGAUAAGGGACAGUGUUGCCAGAGUCUUGCCACAUUGGAAAAAGGAAAUGCCAUUAUAUGGGUAAAUCAGGCUGUUUUUAUUACACACAUGUGUUUCUCAAUUUAUAAGACUUAAAGGGUGCAUCUCCAUGUAGACUUAAAGUUUAUUAGAAGUUGACAGGGUGGGUGGGCGGUUGAACUACAUGACAAUACAGCCUAAGAGAAAAGGAGAUAAAUAGAGGAUUUAUGAUCUAUAGAUAGUUUGAGCCAGGGCUAAAAGCAAAGCUCUUGUCAAUAUACUUAUAGUUUACUCAAACAAAAAAAUGAAAUUGUGCAAUGCUAAAUGACUAUGGCAAUGCGAAUGACAAAAAAACUAAACAAUAGGUCUAAUUAGAAAAUAAAACAACUUUGCACAUGCUGGACACUUUUUUGUACAUUUCUUUGCUGUUGUUUUGCACAACUACGUCCUCAAACUUCCAGUACGUUCCUAUAGUAACACGUUUUAUAGAGUAAAAUGUCCCAUGUGUUUCAGUGUGUUCCCCCUACCACAUAUCACUAGUGGAAAGUGUUUUCCCUAGCGGGCAACAAUUCCUAGCUGUAUGUGUUGCCCUACCUGAAAAAACACAUAUAGUAUUUCCUGUGUAGGGAAACACAUAUCACUAGGAUAUGUGUUUCCCAGGUAGAGGAACACAUAUCACUAGGGAUAUGAGUUUCCCAGGUAGGGGAACUCAUAUCACUAGGGAUAUGUGUUUCCCAGGUAGGGGAACUCAUAUCACUAGGGAUAUGUGUUUCCCAGGUAGGGGAACUCAUAUCAUUAGGGAUAUGUGUUUCCCAGGUAGGGGAACACAUAUCACUAGGGAUAUGUGUUUCCCACGUCGGGGAACACGUAUCACUAGGGAUAUGAGUUUCCCAGGUAGGGGAACAGAUCUCACUAGGGAUGUGUGUUUCCGAAGUAGGGGAACACAUAUGACUAGGGAUAUGGGUUUUCCAGGUAGGGGAACACAUAGUAGAGAUUUUUGUUUCCCGAGUAAGCGAACACACUAACCGAACUUUUCAGUUGGGAUGCAGAGAUAAUAUUUAUCAAAGUUUUUUAUGUGCUAGAGCUCCACUCUAAUGAGACCACAAAACCUUUAACUCUGGAGAGAGCACUCUGUUGUACUUUUAUGGUGUACUUGCUCACCACUAUCAUUACUUAAUACCAUGAAAAAGACUGUUCCUAAACAUUUUUUUAUUUUUAUCUUGUAGGUAUCUCUAUGGCAUGCAUGCAUUUGGAUUAGAAGAGACAAAUUUCUAUAGAGAAGCAGAGAAGCAAGCUCGUAAGGUAACAGUGUAUGCAGUGAUUUUUAAAAUAAUUUGAUCCAAUGGAGGGUAAAACAUAUGCAAUGAAGUUUUUCUUUUCAACCAUGCAGCACAAAUUUAUACAACUUAUGAUUUUAUGGCUCCUGUCUUUCUGGGAACAAUGUAACUGCUACCCUGCGACCAGAAGCUACAUUUUCGCUGUGUGAGCUGGCGUGCGAAAAGUAGCCUCAACCGACAACCGUUCAAUUUUCUAUCGUGCAUGUGCGAAAUUCGUCACGCUAUUCGCAAGCAAAAUUUUGUCGUCAGGUCUGUCGUCAAAUGCUGCGAGUUUUGCGGAAAGAAAAAAAUUGCGAGAACUCUGAUCUGCUACGCAAGGCUCGCGGAAUGGUCUAAACCGAUCAAGAACAGGAAAAAAACCGCUUUUUUAAUUUAUUCGUCCAGAUUUCUGGACGGAUUUAAACUGUUGCAAGUCUGCUGAGGCUACUUUUCGCACGACAGCUCACACAGCGAAAUUGUAGCCUCUGCUCGCAGGGUAUGUAACUGCUAGAGAGGUAUUUCAAAGUCUGUAAAUGUCCUUGAGAGUGCGUAAGUGGAUAAAUAUUGACUAGUUGGGUGUGGACAGCUGUUAGCUGUCUGUGUGACAUGGACAUACUGGUAUAGCCACAGUACGGUAUUAAGCUAUUAUAAUAUAAUCACACCCAACUUAGCGGACACCUGCUAAUACGAACGCCUCAUUAUUACAGACAGUUGCUUUGUCCCUGGAGAAAGAAAGCCCUUACCUUUUUUUCUAAAUUCAACCCGUUUAAUACGGACACCCCGUUGAUAAAAACACUUUCCAUGGUUAACUGAGUCUCUGCAAUAACAGUGUUUGACUGUGCUAAAAUGGACUAUGUUGGGUAUUGGUUGAUGUUUAUAAUAUCGUUACAAAUUUUCUUUAAUCCCUGCCUCGUCCCUCGGCUUGUCUUGCCUGCUCGCGUGUUUCCCAAGCCCCACUUAUUCUUGGGAAGGCCUGUGGAGGGGGCAGCUUUAAUCCCCCGGUUUUUUUCUCUUCAGGGACUAGAGAUGAUUCCCAAGGACUGUUGGGCUACUCACGCCUUAGCUCAUGUUAUGGAGAUGGAGGGACGGCAAGAUGAGGGGAUUGAAUUUAUGAGCAAAACUCAAGAUGAUUGGGUGGUACGUGUCAGUUCUUGUGAAAAUCAGUAUAUUUUAAACUUUAGGUUUAUCAGCUGUCUUGUGAGGUACAUUAUAAAAUACAGCUGUAGGCCAACAUUAAGAGAUGCAUCUUGGUAAACUUCACACAUCUAUUAUAAGUUGUUUUUCAACAAGUCUUCAGAUACGUUGGCUGCAGUUUAGUGGCCACUUUUGGUGAAGCAAGAAUGAGACUGUUUCCUAACUAUUUCUUUGGGAACCAAAACACGGCAGACGCUCAAGUGGGCGACCAGUAAUAACAUUCAUUGACCAACUAGAGAGUGACACCGGUCUUAUGAGGCAGGAUCUUGCAUCUGUCGUGGGCUACAAACGGGGGUGGGAUAGACUAAUCAAAUCGAUGCGGGUGCGCCCGAAAUUGAUGGAUGAUAAGUUGUAAAAUCAUUAUUUUUUUUUAAAUUUAUCCCUCUCGGUCAUCUGAAAAAAAGGUUUUACAUUUAGAAGAGAAAUUUUAUGAUGACUAUUUUAUUUAAUUUUCUUUACAGUCCUGUGAGUCUCUAUCCAGUCACAAUUUCUGGCAUUGGGCUCUGUAUUAUAUCGAAAAGGUACAGAUAUUUUGUAGAGUUUCAGGCUAAACGGCUAGUGCAUUUCAAACUUCACUUUAAACGAGAUGAAAUUCUAUGCCUCUUUCCUGUGUGUAGCCCUCCCUUGCGCGCAGACAAGUUCUACAAACCUCUGUGUGGAGGCUAUUUUAAGUGGAGAUGUGUUACAAUACAUGGCGUUGAGUUUGAAAGGGAGUAAAAAGGGAAUUUUGGUUGUCUGAAAGGCGCGAAGGGAGUGGCAGGCGUUUAAAAGCCGAAAAGGCAAAGAGGAUCGUCGUCUCGUACCCAAAUAGUUAGAUUGGUCUCCAAGUAUCAUAAAAAUGUCCUCAUAUUAGGGGUUUGAUUUGUGUGCUUUGAUCUUUGUGCUAGUUUCAGUAAAUCUGUCUUCACCUGAAUCGUAUGUUCCCUGCCAGCGCACCUUACUUGAAACGUAGUGGAAGCUGUGGGAUUCGAACGCAUGUCAUAAAUUUUGUAAUACGUGUGUGAAUCAGAUGUUUCUGUUUAGUCCGUAACAUAGGCGAGGCAGAAGAAAAGAACCUAGAGUUCUCCCUACAGAAUUGAUACCCACACAACCUUCAAUUAUCUUGAAGGACAUCUCCUCCUGCCGCCCUACCCACCCCUCCCUCCAAAAAAAUAUUAGCUCUUCAAGUGCUGAAUAUACCGUUGCUUUGUUUGGUUAUUUCUUCACCAGGGAGAUUAUGAAGGUGCUUUAAAUAUAUAUGAUAAUGAGGUAAGUUCUGCUAAUCCACUGACUUAAAAGCUCGUUUAGAACGUAUAGAGAAGUGCUCAAUAACUUUCAUUUGAAUAGUCGUUGGUGACACUUGAGGAUUUUAUCCCGACUUACAGUUUAAGUUAGACCUGCCCUGUACCGUAUAAUAAACUAUGUCACUGAUAAUUCAAUAGCCUGUGCAUGGCUGCCCCUUCCCCUAAGAAUCGUGGAGUUGAAUGACGAUUUUUCAGAAGCGAUCUUCUUUUCUUUAAAGUCCACAGGCAAUUUCUACAAAUUUAGAACCAUUGUACACGAAGUAGUAAUCAGUACCGAGGGGGAGUACCUGUGUUAAAUGCUGUUUGAAACAAUUCAGUGUUUUGUUUACAGAUUUUGCCGAGAUGCGGUGCCCAGAAGACGUUUCAGUUGUCGGAUGGUUCUUCUCUGUUGUACCGAUUAACCUUUGAAGGUUAGUCUUACAUUUUGUAUUAUGAUAAUAUACCGUGAUACUGUAAUACAGUAACUUCUGUCCAAGCCAUUAUGAUUUUCCUCUCGGAAUAAUUUGCGGUCGACAGUAACGAUCAUUUGCUGUCCAUUUUGGGGGUCACUUGCGGUCUUGGUCGGGGAUCAUUUGCGGUCCAUUUUUUGGGCUAUUUUGCGGUCUCGGUCAGGGAUCAUUUGCAAUCCGGUCUCAUGCGGUCUCGGUCAGGGAUUAAUCCAUUUUGGGCAUCACUUGGGGUCGGGGAUUAUUGAUCCAUUGUGGGGCUCGUUUGGGGAUUUGCGGUCAUUUGCGGUCUCGGUCGGGGAUUAUUUGCGGUCCAUUUUGGGAAUCACUUGCGGUCUCGUUCGGGGAUCAUUUGCGGUCCAUAUUGGGGAUCACUUGCGGUCUUGGUCGGGGAUCAUUUGCGGUACUGUACAGUUCUUUUUCUCUAUUGUUUAGGGGUUGAUGUUGGCGACAGAUGGCAACAGCUGUGUCGAUAUUGGGAAAGCCAUGCGGAUGAUCAUUUUUUGGUGAGUGCAGAAUAUAUUUAGAGUUGAUAGUACAGUCGACUCUUGAUAACUCGAACCUUCUAGGGAAAUCGAAAAAGGUUCAAGUUAGCGGGAGUUUGAAGCAAGUAACCGGAAAUAAGCAAAUAAGCAAAUGGAUGAGCAGGGAAUGCAACUAUCAUGCACACUUUACUUCAAGGACAGCAGGAAAAAAAGAUUGAUAUUUUGGAAAAGGAAUUAACCAACAAAGCUUGAUUGAUAUACGGAGAUGGACUUUGAAUUUGAACUGGAGUGACAAAAAAAGUUAAGACAAAGAAUUUGCACGGUUGCUUUGAAAUAGAGUAGAAAGUGCUUGGGGUGGGGAGGGUUUCAUCGCCUGUUGUCCUCGUCUCAGUGUCCUCAGUACCCAGUUGUUUUUUGUGUCGUGGGAAACCGAUAUACUGCGGAGAAUUCACUAUCUAGCGGAUAAAUAUUAGGGAAAGAAAUUCCGCUAUCCAGUGGAUUGCGUUAUUUACCUUUUUAACAACUGGGGUCUGACGGAAGUAACACCAGUCCUUUGCUGUACAGGCUUUUACAGACUCACACAUGAUGAUGAGUACACUGGGAGCUAAGAAUGAAGAGCUGACUAUGAAGCUGUUGAAUUCGUUAAAGACAUACGUUAGGUAUGGUAUAAUCCUGGAUAUGACAGGCCGUUAGGUUGCGUUUGCGUCUGGGUCGGUGGUGGUGAGUUGCACUCUGGGAUUGUUUCAGUGAGUUUCGACCCAGUUCCCCGCCUAACCUCGUAUUAGCCAAUGGAAGAAGCGGUAGCGUCUCAAAACAAUCCCACAAUGCAGUGCACUUCGUUGCAACGCCGGUUCAGGCAUACGCGCGACCGCAAAUUGCCAGUAGCUACUCCCACCCCACCUAACUCAUCCCUACUUUAAGUAAUUGAGUCGCUUAUUAAGACUGAGCUUCUAUAUGGAGUUAACCAAACUGCGUUUCAACCCGUUUCAAUUUUGCUGACCUCGUCUUCUAACAUUUCUGUGAACGACAUCAAGAAGGGUUUCGGGCUUCGGCCCACAAGUUUUUGUGUUUGUUUUAUUAUCAUUUUUCCAUUUACAUUUAAUAUAUACACAGAAUUUAGAAAGAUGAGGCAAGGGAGCCCAUGGAAGCCAAUAAGGCUUAUGAAAAAAUCCACCUUUAAAGAUAAAUAUGACUUAAUUACCUAAUAAAAUACUGGCUUAGCCUAAGAACUAUUCCAUUCCUUUUAUAGCACGUUUGUUACACUUCGUAUAAAUAGUUUGCCCACCUAUAAUUGCGCGCACCGAGAAGUCAUCAUUCUCCCCUCCAUCCUACCCCUCCCCCAAAAAACAAUUAAAUUUAUGUAUAUAAACAGACGAUCAGUAGAUUUAGGCUUUAAUACCUUUCCGAUGCAAUUGACGAAUGGUUUGCUUUGUUUCACCAGCGAUAGUUCAGGUUCAAACUGUGAAGUCUCGCGGGAAGUUGGUGUCCCUGUGUGUGAAGCUUUUGUCGAGGCUGAUAAGGUAUGGAGAGAUUUUUAUUUUUCGAAAGUAGAAAAAUUAAUCUGUUUGAUAAUGAUAUUUGGCAAGUUUAAAAGAAAGACAAUAUUUGCUCCAAGUUGACGCAUAAAGUCACAGGAUAAUGCGAAUAGAUGAAUCGAGAGAAGAGAGAGAAGAGAUUUCAUCAAAGCUCUUCAAUGAAGUCGUGGGUGACCCCGGGCACACUCUUCACAAACUCCUUCCUUCCAAGAAUCCAGCAAAUUACUUUCUAAGGAGGAAUCGGAACUUUGCCUUACCUUUGUGCAAGACCAAUCGAUGCAAAAAAUCUUUCAUUUUUAGUCACGUUUUCUGCAAUUAGUAGUGUUUAAUUAGUUAGUUAUAGUAGCAAUUUUAUACUUUUUACCUUUUUAUUGUUAUAUUUUAUAUACUUUUUUUUUAUUGUAAUGUCCUUUUAUUGUAAUAAUGCCAAUAAAGACGAAUCAACUGACUGACUUUUUUUGUCGCUGGUACAAACAAAUAUACGACCGCUCGUACCAUUCGUACGAGUGGUAGCAGUCGCCAUGUAUCGAUCUUUCGCGGCUUUCAGUUUCAGUUGUUAAUGAGCUGGAGUCUCCCUUUGGGUCACUGCGCAUUUGUUGGGGCGACCUGUGCCGCUAAUAGUAUGCUGUUAAACCAGUGAUAUACCAAUCGACUGAAGCGCUUGUCAUUCGUACCAAUCGUACGAAUCGAAAUGAUUCUUUGACAAAGCGUAAUCUUUAUCAUGGGUACGGUUGACAUGGGCGUUUUGACGAAUCGUUUCCGUUUCUGUAAAUUUGACAUGUGUGCUUAUUCAACUACACAAUUGAGCCCCGUCCAUACGAUCGCCGUUGGGCCUAAACUCUUUGACUUGAGCGAGCUAUCGUCCCGCGCCACAUUAUUCUAAUAAGCCUCUCUAAACUUUGUGAGGACAAGUAUCAUUUAUAUGAACUGUUAUUCCGUGGACUUUUAACAAUAUUAAAGCUCAGAUUGAUUGCUUUUCUCGCUUUUCAACCCGUUCACACUGCUUUUUGUAUUGACGAGAUGAAAUUCUGGAGACGAAAACGAGUUGGGCUUCUAACUAGUCUAAAAGUAAGCUCUCGUGGGGAGGGGGUUGGGGACGGAAAAAAUCGAAAUGCUGCCCCAACCCCCCUCCCCUACCCCUCGAGAGCUUGUGAUCUUCAUAUGGAGAAUCCAUAUGGCCAUAUCGAGGUACCGCUGAAUUUCUUAAGGUGGGAGGGGGGGUGCAUUUUACGUCAUUUUUCAGGCUCUUUCAACCUCCUCAAAACAUGGUAACAGUAACAUAUUAAUCGUCUUUGCAGGGCAAUUUUGACAAGGCGGUGGAGAUAUUGAAACCUUUGCGUUACAAAAUCAACCUGUUAGGUGGGAGUCGAGCGCAGGUGAGAAAAUGUUGAUUGUUCUUUAGAGGUGUAAUGAUACUGUGUAAGGUCUUAUCCCUUGAGGGAAGACGUUAACAAGGGCUAGAUCAUGCAAAAGCCCUUGAAUGCAGUAGUCCACUCAACGCGUAAAUUAUUAGGGACCUUAAGCAAGGACGACGACGGCAGUGAAAACGUCGGUAAAAAAUGAAUUUGCGUUCUUACAAACUUAAUCGCGUCUAUUUGGACCCGCUCGAUAUGUCAAAUGUAGGCGACUUUUCCUGGUGUUGAAUUAUUAAGGAUUUUAUUCAGGCUCAAAAAGAUGGAGGGAAAUUCGUCGUCGUAUGUCCACGUCCUCCAUAAAGCGUCAAAUUAGGAGGUUUCACAUCGUAGUCGUGCAGUGGACGUCAAUGCCAGAUUUCACUUGAAGUAGGAAUUAAAACAAAACUGAACGCAAGGCUGGCGGUACGGAAAAAGGCUGAUUUAUUAUAGGCCAAUAUUUCGGCUAACAAAAUUAGCCUUCCUCAGCGCCAGCGUUACACUAAAAAAAAAAGCAGUAGAUCUCGGAGUUUUAGAUAAUUUGCACCACUUACUAUAGCACAUCGAUCAUACAAUUGAUUCGAACGACUAAAUGACCCCUUAAAACUGGGGAAGCGAAAUUGUAUGCCCUAUUCAUUGAGACUCAAGACCUUGAGAAUCUCUUCUCCGCAGAGUUGUCCGUUGGGGAUUCUAAUAAAAAUAGUAGUAAUUAAAUUAUGCUGAGUGCGGGGUGGUCCUCUGCGCGCCUUAUUUUUUCCCUCUUCCCAGUCUCCCUACGAACGAUCUCUUCAAAUAAAGAGGUUCCUCCCUCCCCUGGAAGUUCUAGAACUCGAUCGAAAAGUCAACCUCCUAAUUUUAUCAACGUGGUUGAUGCGUUUCCCAGUUUCCUUCCUGGCGUGAAGUUCCUUCCUGGGGUGACGAUCUCGUCAAAAGUCCCAGUUAGUGUGUGCAUGCAUUUCGUUAACAGAUAUGUAUUUUCUCUUGUGCACAUUUUUUAUACGCCAAUAUGUAACUUUUUUAAGCAGAAUCAUUGCUUGUGAAGUGCCUAAGAUUUUGUUUAUAAAAGGAUGACGUGUAGUCUCCCAGUUAUGGACCUCAAUGUAUUUACUUACCGGCAAAAGGUAUCCUCUGGACUUAGUCCAGCGGCAAUUUUUGCCCACGAAAGUUAUUGAUUAUUGACCAAAAGCGCUUUAAAGAUGUCAGUUUGUUGUUCUCAAACAAAAUGAACCGUUUUCGAAGUAUUGGUCGUUGAGCACUCUUGAACUAUCAAAAAUAAAUGAAUCAACUCAAGAGAGGCUACUCAAACAGGGAACGGAACCAUUUCUGAUGUCUCCCCUACCAUCAAGUUUCUUCACUUCUCAGACUGUGUAGUUUGAAAACUGUUGAUUGUAAUCCCGGGGCGGGGGCGGGGGAGGAGGGGAGCGGGAUUGUAAUGCUCCGGUUAAAUGAAAUUUCAAUAUACCUUCUUUAGCGCGAUGUCUACGAGCUGUUUUUGAUCCACGCUGGAUUGCAGUCACAGCGUAAACAAGAUCACCAGUUUGUAAGGUAAAACGCGAGCUUGGUGUUUUCUAUAAACUAUAUGUUACUUUUAUUGACCUUGAUUACGACUCGCGGUAAAUAUGCUAGACGCAUGGAAAAAUCAAGUCAGUCUUAAGCGUAAGGCACCAUAUUUCAUCUCUGAAAUGCGCAGAGGGCGGGAAGAAGAAAACUGACCAUAACUCGCGGGAAACAAUGAGCUUAUCAUGGCCCCUUGCGCACUGCGAUUUCAAUGUGCGUGAGGUUAGAAUGGAAUGAGGCAACUGCACAGAAGAGAAAGUUGUUCAAAAAGCGAUAUAUUUACAGCACCAGAAAGAAUGUUUUAUUUGAUAAUCAAAACACUUAAAAGCAAUGCAAUAUAUCGCAAAACAGCACUUUUGAAGAGUCUCGAUCCCUAAAGAACUCUUUUAAAUAUUUUUGACAAAUAAAGAGUAACUGUUUGUCGCCAUUUAAAACUAAAGUUCGAAAAAAUUCUUUGUCUUUUUAUUACUUUUUUUAACGUUGCUUAGAAGAAGUCUUUUCAUUCUUCUCAUUAAACCAUCCCUGGGGUAGAAAUCAAAGCUCUUUGAGAGCAGCUUGACGACAGGUGAAUCAAUGACUUAGUUAAAUAUCCCUUGAAUAUUUCAGAUGUUUGUUAGCCGAAAGAAAGGCAAAAAAGGAAAAGGCUCCCAUGACAGACCGCCUCAUGGCCAGAGCACUUGCCCUUCAAGUGGAUUAA